CCUAAAUUCUUUGUUUUUGCAUUCGGCUGCUCCGAAGAUCGACGGAGUCGGAUUAUUUGAUCGACAACAAGCUCUGCGAGAUAAUAUGCGGGCCUCCCUUAUCACUCGCCAGUGCAAGCCGAUGCCUGAAGCCAGAACAGCUGCUAGUCGGUCAGCAGUGGAAACAAAAGGCGAGCUGUAACACUAGAUCCCGAUAAUCAGCAGUGGAAGAUCACACGGAGGAGAGCCCAAAUUCAGAACAGAGGGGUCCGAACAAUGAACUAGCAUUAGUACCAGUGAAUCAGCAGAGCUUAGAAGAACCUUGCACUCCCGAGGAGCCACAGGUGUCCCACAAUGGAGGACCAGCAGGAGGAGAAUAUGCAGCAGCUGCUAAACUUGUUGCCCAAGGAUCAGCGGCAGAUCUUUGAGAUCUUUAUCCAGUGGCUCCAUGGUAAGUCCUCCGUGCCCAUUCAAUCGCACCAGAACGCCCUGCUAACCGUGCUUCAGGCGUCGUCCUAUCCCGCCCUGCAACUGCUGCAGUUGCUCCACGAACGGUCCAAACUGCACAUUGGACAAAUAAUUUCCACCUUGCUUCGACAGCUGCUAGAUGGCGAUGUCUCAUCGCCGCGUUCUCUUUGUGUUCUGGCCAAUUUUCCGGCAAGCGUUUUGGAGGCGGCUACCCUUCGUCAGAAAUUGAUGACACGUCUAGUGGUUGAUUCCGUAACCAGUGAACACUUAAUGCUGGCCAUAUUGGCGCGCAGCGAUGGACAACUCCUGGAUGAUCUGCUGCAUGAGCAGCAGCUGACCAUGCGGGCGCAGUAUAGUGAGGCGGCGCCCACUAAACUUUUGGUUCUGUGGCUGGCUCUCAAUGAAAGGGAGCACUUUGUAGCCAGCGUGUGCCAACAUCUCAAGGACUUUCAGUGCUUCCAGGAUGUGACGUUGAGAAACAACCUGCUUAUCCUACGACUCGCCAAUGAGUUUGCUCUGGGCCAGCAAACUUUGGACGAGCUCGGAUGCCUUGACAAAUUCCUAGCGGAAUUCGAUGUCAGCGCUGUGCCUGAGGAAUUGCAGGAAGUUCAUCGCUUUUUCUAUGCUGACUUUCAACGCCUAUCCACUUUGCUUAAUUUCCUGCGUCCGCGGGAGGUAAGCAAAACGCUAAGAGUUGACGCGCUUCUACGGGCGCCAGGCGUGCUGCCCUUAAUCCACGAAUAUGGUAUUCGUUUCGAACAUCAAGAGCUACACCGUUUGCUUGAGGAUACUUACAAAUGGCAGCAGCUGACUCCUUCACUGAAGUGUCACCACCAGGAGGAGGUGGAGAUUCUGAGCUACUACACCGCUCUCUGUCAUGUGUACGAUGUGGUCCUCGACCAAGGCGAACAAACGACGAAGACCAAGCUGGUACAGCUCUCCGUGCAGUUAAGGCAACUGCAUCAAUUGGGCGCCUUGUGCUCGCUGCUGGAGGACAUCUUCCUCUUGGUUUUUCUUCGCUGGGAACAGCUUGAGCCCAACAGUCAGCGGAAAAGGGAAGAUGACGAGAAUGACGAGGAAGAUGAUGAACAGUACGUCGAUGACGACUUUGCCUCGCAACCACGUCCAACCGCUGUUCACAGCCAGCGCACCCGCUAUGGAUUCAUCUGCCGAUCGGCCUCACUGCACGCUCUGUUCACCUUCCUCAAGGCGUUUGUCACCAAAAAGCUUCAUUCACAAGACUACAAGAGCGCCCCGGAGCAGCAAGGUAGAUUUCAGCGCCUGGUGGAUGCUAUAAGCGAAGCGUUGUGGAAGCUGGGAGUUUUGCAAAAGAUAGAACAGUCACUGCUCAAAUCAGCGCCAUCGAUCAGCUGCCUGCUAGAGCCUGAUCAGCUGCUCCAGCUGGUUCAACUCCACAGCACAGCCAAGGAAAAGGCCUCCAGCGACGACGAAAGCCGAGAACGCAGCAACCACGUAUCCAGUCUCAACCGGCGGAAGGCUCGAAGGCAGCGACGGGCGGUCAGCUUUAGUGGAGGAGUAGCUGGAAAAGCUUCCGCGGAUGGAGGUCUCACAAUGGAGCAGCUGCGAGCACGAGCACAAUUACUUAGUGGCAGUGGCAGCAGGAAAAAUUCUUCGGUAACCUCUCCAUGUGAGCGGUCCAUCAUUCCCAAAAUGCUAAGCACGUCCGAACAAUUGGCCAUCAUGGCGCUCGCCCUGAAGAAUUUUAACGAUGUUAAGCAGAUCAUCGAGACUUUUCACCUGAAGCAGAGCCAAUUGAACCGUGAGCUACAUUUCAUGGAGCAGCAGCAGCUGGUGAAGCAGAAGCUGUCCGCCAUUUAUGCCAACUAUCAGAUUUUGGAGGGGCAGCAGGCCAACUCUGGGGAAACCACCGUGGAGCAAAUCAAAGGCGUGGCAGCCAAGGGCUUUGAGUUGUCCAAGAUCAUCAGCGUUGUGGACAACUUUGCGCAGGCUCAGCGUAUUCAGCAAAGCCCAGAGCUAAAGGCGCUCAUCCAGCGACACAAUGCAAGCGCACAACAGGGAUUCCUACAGCAGUUCGAGGAGCGCAAUCUGAAUGCCCUAAUCAUAUGUGAUCUUAUAGUGAAUCUAGGCUUCAAUCGGGAAAUCACAAGCAACCUGUUAUUGGUCAUUCGACGCCAACAGCAGCAAAAGAAGGGCGGCGACGAGGCGUCUAGCACGCCUCCUGGUUCGUCUGAGCUCGGAGCCAUGAAUCUCCUGCAGAAUCUCUGUGAGUGCAUGCGUUUGUUAGAGCGAUCUGGUCAGCAGGCUGCACUGAAUGAGUUGCUCUAUCUAAAGAGCUAUCCACUGAGACCGGCAGUCUUGGCUCUACAACUUCAACGGGAGGCCGCGUUUCAAACGCUCUACCAGAAGGAGCCAUCCGAAUACUCGCAUGGCCAGGAGCUGCGCUCCAACGCCAGUCAGUUCCAACAGCUGCGUUCGCGUCACAACUACUACGCCCGCUUUUGCACGUAUGUCCAACAACUAGCUCGCCUCUUGCAGCUCAGGGAUCCCAACCUGGAGUAUCACACUACCCAGCUACUUCGGAACGAUCCCUACGAAGUUAUUGGCGAACUGAUCUACGAGUGCGGCAUAACACCUUUGGAGAUCGAGUCUAGUGUCGCAGCACUACACCUUAAUCUCGUCCACGUGAUUGCUCUCAACAUUUGUCCCCAAUUGAGCGAGGAACCCACAAAAAGAUUGCCACGCGUUGUGGCUCCACAGAAGCAGGAAUCCAUUCACAACUAUAUUUCGCAACACAACCCGUUGUUGGCCCAAGUGUUGCUGGCCAUACAGCUAGGAAGUCUUCCCGAUGGCGAUGCGGGAUUGAACUUUUCUUUUUUGUGUCAGCUGAUUCAUCUGCCUGAAGUGGAUGUUCUGGCUUCCAUGCAUGACGGGAACAGUGUGCUGGCCGCUUUAAAUGCCUACAAGCUGGAAAGUGCACAAGUGGAUAAGUUGGUGAAGGAUCAGGAACAACUAUUGCAGAUUCUUCUUCUUGGAAUGGGUGGACAAACUGAUUCUCCCAAUCGUCUCAAGUCACGAAUUGACCAACUCAUUGGGGAUCUUAUUGAAAAGGAUCCCCGUAAUAUACAUCUCGUGGCGCACAUGGGCAAUCUGGGACAGCGAGCACAGCUGCUCAAGGAGCACUUCACGCGCAUUCCCAGCAGUCAGCAGGCCAAAGAGCUAAUAGAACGCACCCUGCAGCACCGCUCGGCGGCUAAGGCAAUUCCCACCGCCCUGCACAGUGAACUGGAGCACACGCUGUCUGACAUCACCAUAUACGCUAGAGUCUCUGCUCUGCUCAAAUUUGAGAGCUGGCCACAGGCCUACGACUUUGGACGUCAGACGCCGAAUGUGAUCUUCGAGCAGUUGCUGCAGAGACUGAGAUUUGGUCUGUGUUUGGAGUGGAGUCGGGUGGUUUGCCUUGCUGGAUCCGCGGGGCAGCAGCGGGUGUGCUUGCUCACCCUAUUGGAUGCUCUUUUGGAAUUGAGGGAUGGCGAGGAGCUGGAUGAAUCCCUUUUGGGCAUUGUGGAGAUGUUUCCACCCAACCCAUUGGUGAAUUUCCUGGAUACACAUAAGGAUAAGUUUAGAUCGCUACCGCUUCUGCAGUGGGUGAUCGAUUACCUGGAGGGUCACGCCCGUGAUCCGCGUCUCUACAGGAACUAUCAGCUAUCCAUUGAGUUCCUACGACAAAUGGAUACCAAUGAGCGAUCUCCGUUUUGGAAGCUACUCCGUCAUCCCUUGCUCAUCGUGGAGCAGUUAAUUAUGAAUGCCCGCUUUGAAUUGCUGGGAAAGCUACUAGAUGCGGCUCGUUCCAAGUUGCUGAAGCAGAGACCACUUGGUCCAUGUCCCUACUGUUUUGAGAAAACGGGCCAUGUCUACGAUGUCCAGUCCAGUGCUGGUCCAGGAAGUGAGGCGGGAGAAACACCUGCAAAAAUACGUUUUCAACUGGGACAAACAACAUCCGAGGCUUUUAUUCUGCUCAACUUUAACUCCUACCAGCAGGAUCACUUUGUGGGCCAGGAUUGUUUGGACCUGUUACUGCGAAUUUAUGCCAGCAAAGCUCUGGACUACCAUGUGGCGAAUGUGCGUGCUGCUUCUGAGCCAAGUUCUCUUGGCACAGAUGUACAUAACUCACUGGACUCUCUUUGUGGUGCCUUCGUGAUGCCCAAGCAAGCACCCAACCGGCAGCAGUGGACACGGGACGAGGAGGCCAGCCACUGCAUGUGCUGUCGGCGAGCAGCCUUUACUAUGUUGAUGCGGAGGCACCAUUGCCGUAGGUGCGGGCGGGUGGUGUGCUAUGCCUGCUCCACCCAUCGGAUACGCAUCCCAGACCUUUACGACGAGUUGGAGGUGCGCAUCUGCAAUGAUUGUGCAGCGAGCAGCACGGCUGGCAAGGAUCAAGGAGAUGGCACUUCUAGUGAGCGGAGUGCUACCUCGGAACGAGUAUCAAAAUCUUCUGGUAGGAGUGAUUCCUGCAAAUGGCAGUUAAGUGGCAUUAUUACACACGAUAAACUGCUGCGCGAGGAGUUCUCCUAUGAACACGCGCCCAGUGUGGCCCUCAGUUUGUCCAUACUUCGCAAUCAUGUCGAGCAGCGCAGCUGCGUUGAUUUGCUGCUCUUCCACUGCCGCAAACUGGAAAAGCUAAUUGUGCCCAAUCCCGAAGUGGACUACGGUUUGGUGGCCAAGAUGAUAAACUGUCUGGCUUUCGCCGCAAAGGUUCGUGGCGCACCAGGAGAGCUGGAAAACAUUCGUGAGCACUCGGAAAUUAUUAUGGCAGUGGUGCAGCAGGGCUGUGAGUCGCUGAUUCCAACCGGACCGCUCAACAACCACAAUUUGCGCAAGCUGGCUGACGCUUUGGUGGAAGCGGAGCACUGGACUUUAGCUCUGGAGGUGCAUCUGAAGUGUGGUUUCGCCACCACCGGCGUAAUGGCUGCCCACGGACUGGCCUGUCUUCGUGCCGGUUGCUAUGAUGCAGCCCGCGAAAAGUUUGCUCACUGCAUGACUCGACUCUCAAGUGAACAGCUCAACAGCAGCAUCUGUAAGAACAUGUUCGGAGUGGCUUCUACGGAGGCAGUGCUCUUGCCCAGAAAGCGACCACAGCGCGGUCCGGCAUUGCUCCAAGAAAUCUUGCAGUUGAUAGCCGCCAUUCCUCAGGUUCAAACCCAACCGGAGACCCUUCACCGAGCCUCACUUAUUCGUAGUUCGAAUACUUCGCUGGCCUCACUUUUCACACGACGCCGGGAGCCCUACGUUCAGCAACGACCGCUCCAGGAACCGGCUUUGAACAUCAUGAACGCGCUGGCAGGACUCAAGAACUUAGCCAAGGGACAGUAUGGUGGCCAAAUGCCGGCUAGCGAGGAAAGUCGCCGGCAGGAGCGUGGCUUCGAGGAAUCACUGCACUAUGUGCUUACCUAUGGCAGUCACGCCGAUAUUCUCACCUUUCUGAUGCGCCGUGAAGAGCUGCGGGCAGCACUUCGCUACUGGCAGCACCAGCAGUUGGACGCGGAUCUCUUCAUCCAACACAUAUUCUACCCACAACUGGCCAACGGCAGCCUGACCGUUUUGAUGGACGAACUGCAGCAGUUGGACGACGCUCAAUUCACUGCCUGGCGUCUGCCAUUACUGCAGACCUGUCGCCAUCUGGAGCAGCAGCAGCAACUCAGUUCGCUGUACCAACUGCAGCUGCUGCUAAAGGAUCCCAUCCGGGCCAGCAUGACGUGCGUGAAAUUCUACGCCUUGCAGUGCGAGAACUUUCAGAAGCUGCAUGCCAACGCCCAGCACUUGCUGUCGGCCCUCAGGCAUCUUCAGGGUGAACUGGAUAUGGCGGAGUGGGAGCACCUGCAGCGGCAGCAGGUUCGCAGAAACAGCGUGAGUAGCACUGCAAGCGUUCGAGGUGCCUGCUUCGCCAUGCAAAUGGAUGCCAGGGCUCUUAAUGGACACAUCAAUACCAUACGGCGACAGUUGGAGGUGGCAAAGUUCUUGGACAAGUGUGAGCGAGAACAGCCGCCAGAUGAGCCACUACGAACUAUACAAACUCUGAAGCAGAUUCGACUUGAGUCCAGUCGUGGAACUUUGCCUACUCUGUUCGAAGGCGCCGCAGAUCGCAUACAAACUUGCAUUCUGAUCCUUAUGUGCGGCAAGAACAUAGACGAAGGUUUUGGCCUGGCUUACGGCAUUAUGCAGGACUUCAAGCUGGCUGCAAUUAAGGUGUUUGGAGCCACUGCUAAGUACCUGUCGAGAAAUCAGCGCCUGGGCGAGGUAGAGCGCCUGCUGGACUGCAUAGGCAGCAACAACGGCGGCGGCAUUUCCACGGAGUCCGAUGAAAUACUCUCGAUUGCCAUUAAUGCUGCUGUGCACAGCAGUGCGCCGGAGACGAAGCAGAUGCUGGAUCGGUUGAUCAAACGCAUCGGCAGUGUGGAGCUGCGGGUCUCCUCCUACAUCUACAUUGGUCAGCUUAAAUCCGCCUAUCUGCUGGCCAACAAGCACGAGCGAUUGGCGGAUAUCCGGCGAAUCCUGCGGCAGGCCGAGCUUACCGGUCAGGUUCACAUCAAGAGACUGUGCGAGAUGAAGCUCCAGCUUAGCGCCGUGCCAACGCCUCUGUGAUAUCCCAACCCUCGAGCAAUAACACAUUAGUAACCCCUUGUUUCUGGGAUUUACUAGCUGUGAGAAAUAUCAAUUGAUGAAUUGUAGCCUUGAAAACUUCUUCAUUCUAAAAGACAAUAACAUAUCUAAGCAAAUUCGAGCUCAAUUUAAUUGAGAUUUAGAUGUACAUGCACUAUUCGAAUUGGAAUUCAUCAUUUGAUUAUUCACCUAGUGAAGGCCCAAGUUGUUUUGUAACUGAGCUAUCAUAGAUAAUUUGUUUUUAGAAUUUAACAUAUACGUAGAUCAAUUUUAAUCUUUCAAAGGGCCAGCAAGUAUUCCCUCCUCCAGCUCAAAAAGAGCUCUCCCAGCAUGUAACCAAAUUAUAUUACUGAUUGUACUGUA